AUGCCACAGAAUAAUAUGGGUCAGGGCUAUCAAGGCCAAUACGGUAAUAACAGUGGUCAAUACGGUGGUGCAUAUGGCAACGGACAGUACCAUAACGGCUACAACAUCCUCAACCCAGUCCAAGCCCUCCAGAACCAGGGCUUCUCAUUCAAUGACAACUUCACCGCAAAUCUUCUCCAGUCUCAGAUACGCCAACUGGGAACCCAGCUUGACGCCGGUGGUCAGGUAGCACAACCGACCACCCAGUCAACCACCCGGCCCACUAAACCAGCUCUCGAAGCGGAAUCUACCAGACAGAUACAAGGCCAGCCAAGUGCCUCUAUGGAUUCCCCAGCAACUCCCGCGAUUCAACUUGGAAAAGUCGAGGAGGUCAUGGCAGAGCAACCUCGGAUCAUUGUGACAAUUCGGGGGGCAGAAGAGGAAAUUCGGCCUAGUUUGAACCGGUCUGAUCGUGAAAAAAGAAUUGAGAGUGCGGAGGAGGAAUUUACUCGACCCCGCGUGAACCAGUCUAAUCGUGACAGAAGGUCUGAGAGGCCAGAGGGGCUACUCCAACCUCGAGAGAACCGAUCUGAUCGUGAAAGAAGUGUUGAGAAUGCGGAGGAGGAAUCUACUCGACCCCGUGUGAAUCGAUCUAGUGAGAGAAGGUUUGAGAGGGCAGAGGCGCGUCUUCAACGUCGUAUGAGGUGGUCUGACCAGGAGAGAAUAGCUGAGGGUGAGGAGAACUCAAUCUCGCCAUCUUACAUGACCCAUGCUGACUCAAUGAGAGGAUCUGGAGUGUUAGAGGAAGAACGAUAUCGCCCUCGUAUGAGCCGGUCCGAUCGGGACAGAAGGCCUGAGCCUGAGAGGGCAGAGGAGCGAUUAAAUCCUCCCCCUUCCCUGAGUUGCCGCUCUAGCUCAGUGAGAAGACAUGAAUGGCUAGAGGAGGGUCGGCCUCGACGUCGUAUCAACUGGUCUGGUCGUGGAAUGAGAGUUGAGAGAACAGAGCAGGACGUACCUUCGCCUGAUACCAUCCCUUCUCGCCCAGUGAGAAGAUCUGAAGGGGAGACAGGCCUCGUUUGA